GCGGUAUUCUACAACCCAACUCGAGUUGCCAGUGCGUCAAUGGCUACGUUGGUACAAGGUGUGAACGUUUAAUGACAGAUUGCAGUGAUGGUAAUGCAGGUGGUUUCGGAUAUCCCGACGGCUACUACAGCAUCCAGCCAACAUCUACAUCUACGCCAUUUACAGUGAGAUGUCUCAUGAGGUUACGUGGAAGAACAAUUAUCCAAUACCGCAUGGAAACACCAAUUGCCACUGUCGACUUCAACCGGAGUUGGGCAGAAUAUCGUGACGGUUUCGGGUUGACCAACAAAGAUCACUGGCUGGGACUGGAGAAGUUGUACCACAUUUGUAAACCUGGAACAUUUUCACUUAGGAUUGAAAUGAAAUUUCGAGACAAUUCCGUUAAGCAACAGUACUACGACAACUUUUAUCUUUCAGACGAGGCAGAUGGGUAUCGUAUGUAUUUUUCGCGGACACGUGGUAAAAGAGGUGACCCUAUAGGAGACUGUUUAACUCCGCUGAACGGUUCUGCAUUCAGCACAUACGACAGGGAUAACGACAAUGAUGCCGGAAGUUGUGCAGUCAGAUACGAAAGCGGGUUUUGGUUUGACGCAUGCGCAGACUGUAAUCCCAAUGGUCGUCUGCUUCGUCCACUGAAUGAGGAGCGAACAAAUGUUGUGUCUGAGGUAUUCUGGACAAACGACCUUGGCAAAACGGUACCCUACAGAUUGUUCAUGUGGCUGGUAGAACUGUGAGCAUUUGAUUUUGUACAAAUAAUCGGGUCUGGUGGUCUCAAUGACUUGUUUGAUGCAUGUCAUCGUAUCAGAGGAAUGUAGACAGAUGCUCACUUCAUCUGGCUCUGUCUCUAAUUAGUUUUAU